GCGUUUCAGGGGAGAGAAGUGUGAGGCUUCUACAUAUGGACACGAGGCGCCGGUGAGAGAAUAGGGUUUUUCUUUUCUUUCGCGUGCGGCAAUGGGGUUGAUCGGCACCGUGCUGGGCCUUGUUGGAUUCGCCUGGGGAAUCGGCUUUGGCGUCGUCAUUGGCUACUUCCUCUUCAUCUAUUUCACGCCUGUGGAUGUCAAGGAUCCUAUAAUCCGACCUUUGCAGGAGCUUGAUACCAAGUCGCUGCAGGAGCUAUUGCCAGAGAUUCCUCUCUGGGUUAAAAAUCCAGACUAUGAUAGAGUGGACUGGCUAAACAAAUUCUUAGCGGAUCUUUGGCCUUUCCUUGACAAGGCUAUUUGCAAGAUCAUUCGUGACACUGCCAAACCAUACAUUGAUGAAUACGGGGCGAAGUACAAGCUACAGUCGUGCGAAUUCGAGGCCUUGACAUUAGGCACGCUGCCACCGACGUUUGUAGGCAUCAAAGUGUAUGAUACUCAAGAGAAGGAGAUGAUUAUCGAGCCGUCUCUUAAAUGGGCUGGAAAUCCAAACAUUCUCGUUGCUGUCAAGGCGUUUGGUCUCAGAGCGACUGUCCAGGUUGUCGACUUGCAAGUGUUCGCCACCGCACGCGUUACGUUGAAGCCCCUUGUUGCUGCAUUCCCAUGCUUUUGCAAGAUCAUAGUCUCUCUAAUGGACAAGCCUCAUGUGGAUUUUGGUUUGAAACUUCUCGGUGGCGACUUAAUGGCAAUUCCAGGGCUUUAUGCGUUUGUCCAGGUUUUUUGGAAUUCGAAAAAAAGUUUUACCUCUAUACUCACAAAGCUGAUUUCUCAGGACCUGAUCAAGGAUAAAGUCUCAGAAAUGUACUUGUGGCCAAGAACACUGGAAAUCAACGUCAUAGACGAUCCGAAAGCGGUAAAGAAACCUGUUGGAAUGCUGGAAGUCAAGGUUGUCAAGGCGAUGGGCCUCAAGAAGAAAGACCUCAUGGGGAAGUCUGACCCAUACGUGAGGCUGGUCCUCGGUGAAGGACCGUUUGCCAAGAAGAAAACGACCGUGAAAAUGAACACUCUCAAUCCAGAAUGGAACGAAAACUUUCACAUGCUUGUUCUGGAUCCAGAAUCUCAAGCUCUUGAGCUAUUUGUUUACGACUGGGAAAAGAUUGGAUCCCAUGACAAGAUUGGUAUGCAAGUUGUUCCAUUGAAAGGCAUCGUUCCUGGUGAAACAAAGACUUUGACAUUAGACCUGGUUAAGAGUAUGGAUCCCAAUGAUCCAGCAAAUCAGAAGCCUCGUGGUCAGCUUACAAUUGAACUGACUUACAAAGCGUUCAAGGAGGAUCAAGACAUUCCAAUCGAAGAAGAAGAUGCUAAUGCCGUCGAAAAAGCUCCCGAAGGUACUCCCGAAGGAGGUGGUCUGCUUGUUGUGACUCUCCAUGGUGCCGAAGACUUGGAAGGCAAGCACCACACGAAUCCUUAUGUGAGGCUGACGUUUAGAGGCGAAACAAAGAAAACCAAGGCUAUAAAGAAGAACCGAGAUCCCCGAUGGGAUCAAGAGUUCCAGUACCUUUUAGCGGAGCCACCAGUGGAGGACCGCUUGCGAGUGGAAGUCAUAAGUAAAGCAAUGGGAAUUGGAGUCCACCUGCGUGAAAAUCUGGGAUACGCAGACAUCAACCUUGCGGACGUGGUGAAUAACAAGCGGAUCAACGAAACUUAUCAGCUGAUCGACUCCAAAAACGGCAAGAUUCAAAUCGAGAUGGAGUGGAGAGCGAGCUGAGCCAACACAACGGGAGACUGUUCGUGGCAGCUUCUUCAGAGGAAUCAAGUCAUCCGGGGCGUGAGCGAGCGUAAAAUGGAGAAACAAUAAACAAUCCACAUAGGCUUCAUAAUCUCUGUACAGUUUGAGCACUUUUCUGAGCUGUUGUAACUAAGGUUUGAUUGGAACUAGUAGUCCAAUGUGAUGUUAAGACUGGCCACAUUAUUUUCUAUAAAGCUUCCCUACUC